AUGUUUGACAACGUCGUCUCCCCUCGAUUGCAUGUCAAACCUAGCUGGCACCAGCUCCCACCGGGAAAUUCCGUUGCGAGCAAUAUCCUGGACAUUCGUUCUGACAAGCAAGAAUCGCACUUGAAAGAAGCCUUGCAACAAAGCAUUCAUGCCGCCUGUAAUGGAGCCCAAUCGGCAGCCAUGCCGGAACUUCUGCUCUGGGACGAGAAAGGACUACGCUACUUCGAAGAGGUCACAUAUGCCCCGUCCUAUUACUUGACCAACGAUGAGAUUUCUAUCCUGGAGAGGCGCAAGUAUCAGAUCGCCGAGCAACUCCCCUCAGGCAGUAUGUUGGUAGAGUUGGGGAGUGGAAAUUUACGCAAGAUCAAUAUCCUGCUGGAGGCCCUUGAUGAACUGGGGCGCGAGGUCGACUACUUUGCGCUAGAUGUCUCUUUUUCUGAACUGCACCGCACGCUGAGUUUGGUGCCCCCAGGACGCUUCCGUCAUGUGCGGUGCUUCGGUCUUCUCGGGACGUACGAUGAUGGUCGUGGAUGGCUGCAACGGCCCGAGAUCCAAUCACGACCAAAGACGUUACUCUCCCUGGGGUCGACUUUGGGAAGCUUUCCUCGAGCAGACAUCGCUGGCUUUUUGUCUAGUUUUCUCUCCGGAUCGGCCAAGAACAAGCCAUCCUUUUUGAUCGGGCUCGAUGGAUGCAAGCAGGAAGACCGGGUGCUUGCUGCAUAUAAUGACCCCGACGGGACUAAUUACCGGUUCAUCAAAAACGGCUUGGUGCGGGCCAACGAGAUCCUGGGUCACGAAGCUUUUGACCUCGACCGGUGGGAUGUCAAAGGGAUCUGGGAUCCAGAGAAUGGGAGUCACAACCAGUACUAUAUUCCACGGGAAGAUGUGGCCCUGUCCGGCAAGGCAAUUUCCGCUGGGAGAAAGCUCUUGGCAGUCAAAAGUCAUAAAUAUGACGCGGAUGAUCAGGAAACACUGUGUCAAACGGCCGGUUUGCAGGUGGAGGAUUCCUGGCGGGCGGACACGGACUACAGUGAGUAUAUUCCGUCCGCCCAAAUAAUUCCGUGGAAGAGUUACUGA